UGGGUUGUCUGUUAUCUUUGACACUAAUCAUAAUUUGUCGCGGGUUCAAUGAACAGGAACGAGCACAGACGAAGAAAUGGAGAUGAACUAUCAUUUGCUCUUUAAAAUUCUGCUUGUUGGAGAUGUAGAAGUGGGAAGAUCUGCUCUACCACAUCCCACAGCGUCUGAGACUCCCUCUUCGACGCCAAAUAUUGGAGUUGAAUUCCUGAAAAAGACCUUAGAAAUCGGUGAGUACAAAAGAUGGAGCUGCGACACUAUUUGUGCCUUUAUAAUGCCUUUGAUAAUGAUUUACAAACAACUCGGCAAUUCAGGCAACUGUUUUUGCUCUACUUGUGGUUUUAUUUGUAUUUUUAUCAGUUCGAAUAACGAAUUGCCCGGUUAUGAGGAAACGCGAGUACAAUAAAACAACAGUUGUUAAUCAGACGGGCGGGAAGUUGGUUCGAUAGCGGAUGUGUUAGCGUUGCGUGUUUAGUUUACAUGUAAAGAUUAGUGUCACCUCAUGCAUUUCUGGCAUUUCUGAGUUCGCUUUUACAAUCUCCAGAAAGAAAGAAAAUCAAACUACAAAUAUGGAACGUAACAGGUCAAGAAAGGUAAGUCUACCAAAUGUUUUAUUUCCUCUGAAUUAUAUAUCGCUGAACAUCUAGCCAACGGGCUCGAGGGUGGACUGGGGCAAAAGUGGAUGAACUAGAUUGCGCAAUGCUGAUUUUUAACACAGGUCACCCAAGGUCAAUUUAAGAAAACGAACGUGACUCUGGCGUCAUAAUCAGGUCAUUUCUUUAUGAUGAUGUCAUCAUCAGCAGCAUCAUCAUCAGCAUCAAAUCCUUUAUUUAAAAACGAUAAGAAUUCAAAAUUAAUUGAUGCACCCUGUCAGGUCGGGUCGUGCGAUAAACAGAAUAAAAGUUAAAAUUGGAUCACUGACAAUACAAAAUUACAAACGAUUGCCCUAAGAAUGAUAUUGGUCAAGAAAUUAAGAGGAGGCACAGAAAAAACUCUUCUUAAGGCACUUAACGUAAAUUGCUCCCGUCAUUUUUAACACGCGAGUUCCGGCUUCUUUUAUAGCUUUCUUUGCCUGUUACAGGCGUUCAAAUAGUUGGGAGCGUCGUAAAUUAAAGAGGGGAGGACGAGGGAGAGCGGCCAAGGAACGGUGUUCCCUCCCUCUCCUCUCCCCCCCCCCCCCUCCCUCGUUUUCAAUUGUUACUUUGCGCCGUUCUCAACAUUUGAAAACCUGGAACAGGCUACAGCUUCCUUUACUUGCAAGCUCGGUAGGGCACAAUAGGGGGUAUACUAGUCCGCUUGAAGUAAUUUAACCUCGGUUAGUAACGUCUACGAAACAUCGCCGAGAUCCUUGUUCUCAGGUCCCCAACGGACACAGCGAAUUACCGGAAGUGUGUUUCGAUUUUCCUUUCAUCCUGGGCCCAGUUGUUCGAAGGCCGAUUAGCGCUAACCCAGGGUUAAAUUUUAACCCUGGGCCGGGUUGUUCGAAGCUGGGUUAAGAUAACCCAGAGUUAGUGCGAACUUUGAACUCAGAUAUUAGAGCUUAAAAUUCAAAUUCAGUUUAAUUCUCUUUGCCUACAAUUUGAUGAUUGGAUACUCUAAAAAGAAUAGAGAAAAUUAUCCGAGAGAGUGCUUUUGAUAACAAGAAAAAGAAAGCCAGGUUAAAAUUUAACCCCGGUUAGUGCUGACCGGCGUUCGAACAACUGGGCCCUUGUCUCUGUUUUUUUUUUUUUUUUUUCAUCAAAAGCAUUUUCUCGGACAAUUUUCUCCAUUCUUUUUAGAGUAGCCAAUCAUCAAAUUGUUGACAAAAAGAAUUAAACUGAAUUUUGCUUUUUAAGAUUUCAUAUCUGAAUUCAAAUUUCGAACUACCCCUUAACCCAGCUUUGAACAACCCGGCCCAGGUUGACAAAUCGACAAUUGCUUUUAUUAACAGGCCAGUCAUGGCCCGUACUCCAAUCCUGGUAAACAGCUGGGGGCCCUGAGCAAGGAUUUCGGGGCUGUUUCGCAGACGGACUUAAUCAGAGUUUAGUUUAGACUACGGGGCAGGCGAGGGGUAUAACUUAUACCAGAGGUUCUAAGUAACAGACUGACAGCCACUAGAACUAGUCAUGAGAGAGAUUAAUAACGUUUAUUAUUCAUUCAAAACAUUUCCCCAAUUCUGAUUGGCUAAAAGCACAGGCAUAAUACACCAUAACCAGUUACUGAUGACAAAAUUUGGAAGAAUUUUGUGUUUAACGAGGAAAUGACGUCAAAAAUGCAGCCUUUUACCGGUUAAUGCACCGUUAACCGAGAAGAUCUGGGAACGAGGUUGAGUUGUUUUCGUUGUGAAAACUAAAAUGGGGGACACUUCACUCGUUUCAAGAGUAAGAACUACAGCUGGAACUAGGCGAAAUAAUGGCUGAAAACAUAGCAAAAACAGCAAGAAGACAACUCGGAGUGCGACACGUCUGCUAUUUGGAGAAUAUUUGCGGAGCUGGACAAACCUAAACGUACACCAUCGAAGAUAAACUUAACAUCGAUGCAGGUAAGCAUGUUUAAGCUAUGCUUUUAAAGAGGGAAUUAUUUUGAAUGAAUAAUAAAGCAAUUAAUGAAUUCGGCUUUCGUAGGAUAUGAAGAAUUAAGCAGAUCUCGGAGGCCGAGGUGGAUAGCACCCUCCUCGAUCUGCCUAAUUCUUCAUAUCCUACGAACGCCGAAUUCAUUAAUAGGGAGCUUAAGCAAAGGCGUUUUUGAGCGACGGACGUCAACCGGAAGUGAGGUAUUUUCCCUCUUAACAUGCCUUGAUGAUAUAAAAUUUGUAUUCCUUAGCUUCUUUACUGUUAUAGAGGAGAUUUGACUGAAAAUUUGAGCGAAACCACCGUCAAAAAAUCAAAAAAGGCCACUUCCGGUUGACGUGCGUCGCUCAAAAACGUUGUUGCUUAAGCUCCCUAAUCGCUAAUUACGCCAAACGGCAAGCAUGAAUUUGCACCACGUGACCAAGUUUAAUUGUCGUUUACUGUUAAUUACUUAUACUCAAAAAUAAGUAGUUUCACGCCAGUUGUAUCCAUAAGAAUUGCUCUGAGCCGUUUUUAUCUGCUCAGUUUCUAUUCUGAGAAAUUCUCAACUUGAAUCUGACGUUUGCCAUAAACGUGACUCUUAGUCUUUCUAUUACUACGGGCUCCACUCUCGCGUAAAUAUAACUCAAAAAUACUUUUUAAAUUUAGCUCCCAGGCCUUGACUCCAAGUUAUUACCACGGCACACUUGGCUUUAUCCUCGUGUAUGACAUCACAGAUGACGCAUCUUUUAACCGCAUCAGUAAUUGGUUAAGCAUCAUCGAACAGAACGCCAGUGAAAAAGACUUUCAAAAACUACUGUUUGCAAACAAGUCGCGCUGCUGGUGCGAAGAGUUAAGGACAGUCACUACGGAGAGAGGAGAACUAUAUGCUCGAGAACAUGGAAUGAGAUUUUUUGAGUCAGAUAACCUGGAUCAGGCCAUAAGUUUGAUAACACAAGACAUCUUAAAGAAAGAUCAAGAACAGCCCGCAAUGAAACUGCUCUGUGACAUUAAUAAAUAAUUAAUGAUAUUUUGAAAUGUAGACUACGAGUAGUCCCCCAUACAUUUUUCUCUCUCCCCGCCGCGUGAGGCCUUUUCUCGCGUGGGGUGAUUUUCACGCACGCUCGCGUUUCGCUCGCUCUACUACCCCGAGGAAAAAUGGGGGACUACUCGUAGUCUAUUUGAAAUGCAACGGAUAGGUAGUGGUAUCAGGUAAAAGGAAGAUCUAUGUAUCUAUCAAAAACUAUCUAAAGUAACUUGAAGGUGUUUUUAUUUAACAUCAGCGGCUCCUCAUACUAGAUAUUAAAACAAUUGUUAAAAAGACUUCUACAGUGGAACCUCGAUACAGUGAAGGGCCAAGAGACUGAUAAAAUGUAUUCGCUGUAAGGAGGUUCUUUUCCAUAUAUUUUACUAUUACUGGGGUUAGCUAAGGAAUAUUUACCAAUUAUUCCUCGAGCCCGAAUAGAGUCUGACUCAAUAGCCCCGAGGUCGAAGUAGUUUUAGUAAAAUCCAACUAGUUCGUCAAAAAUAUCGAGACAAAACAACUUUAGCUAGCAAAACGCUAUUCAGCUGCCAUUGUUUUGGUUUUCAAAGCCGGCGCUUUUCGCUACUAGCGGGCUAUAACAUAUAGUCUAGUAGUAGCUCAACAAAUCAGAACACAGCAUUGAUAAUAGACCGCCAUGCCAGUUGAAUGUUACUAACGUUUGUUGUACCGAGAGCUUCGUUAUAUAGAGGUUCGCUAAAUCGACGUUACACUGUACAGGGUCAGACCUUUACCUGAGAAAAAAGAAACGACAUUUCACAAUGGCACUAAUGGUUUCCCAGCGAAAUGACUUCCGAGAAACGAGCGUAGAAAUUCCGUACUGAUGACGCGUCACUAUUCCGAUCUCGGAAGUGCUUCUCAUUGGUCGUGCGGCGUGGAAAAUUUGUUUCAGCCAAUCAGAAGCGCUACCCAAAUCUGGGUGGUGAUACGUCGUUAGUAUGGAAUUUCUGCGCUAGUUUCUCAAACGUCAUUUGCGGGGAAACCACUAGUGGCGUAGUGAAAUGCCGGCUGUUCUCUCAAGCUAUUUAUUUUAAACAUUGUUUGCCGGUGCAGUUUUAUGUGUGAAAUCAUGAAGAUGAAUUCAUUCUUUCAUCUAAAAAUACUGAUGCAUCAGUCAAUGAAAUUCCGGACUCCGGAAAAAAGCAGGGUUUAAGCACGUCCAAAGCAGGGACUUGAUGUACAAGUAACAACGCUAAAUUUGGCCUUAAGAAGCGGAGCAAUGAAGAAAAUGUACGUCUGUUUACAGAUGUUACUGAAUUUAUGUAGCAAUCACAAUAUUAUAUAGAUGGAGAAUGUCGCAAUAAAAAUUG